AUGCGACUAGCACCACGACAACCUGCUCGCCUCUCCUCAAAAAUUACCCGUCGCACUCAGGCUCAAUCGCCUCCUACCCAAAAUGAAGAUAUCCACACCAACAGUCUGCGCAAGACCUUGGAGGCUCAUCGCGCCUCCAAUCGUGCCCGCCUGAUCCGCAAAGUCUACUCUCGACAGGACCCCCCCGGACUCUUCAGACCGUAUAUCCCGCCCGAGAACCGCGCAGGAUAUCAGCCGCCAUCCCCUCUUCAAUUGGAGUCACCACCCGCACGUAUCUCCCAAGAAGCCUCGGCCGACCAGACCACCGCACCAUCUUCAAAGCGGUCCCCACGAUCGCGGUCACAAGUGCCGAAUUCCAAAGCGGAAGCCACGUUGCCAUUAUUGUCUCCAGGUCAUGCUCCUGCUAUUCGAUCAAUAGGAGCAAAAGAUCCGAGCGAUCUUAGCCAAGCACCAUGGUUGAAAUAUCUUCCGACGACAGAAGAGACGACUGGAGCAAGCAUAUACCGCGAUGCUUCAACAUAUCUGAACGCAGAGAUUCUCGCCUUGCACCACUACAUGAAACCAACCCCAGAAGAGCAAGACACAAUUACCCGUCUCAGUCGCGAAAUCAGCUCAUUACUAGAGACGGUUGUGCCGUCGCCCCCUCUUCUCUUCGGCUCUCGUCGCACAGGUCUAGCGCUGGCGCAUUCCAAUCUCGACUUCCUCCUUCCCGUCAAAGAUGAAUCCCGAUCACCGGAUCGAACUCGCCGGCCGAGUCCACAUCGCCCACAGAUCCGGGACGCGCAUCUAGCGUUACUCCGGCGGGUGGAGGAAAAGUUGCGAGAUACCGCCGAUUUUCAAUACCAAUCUUCAUCGCCCCCUGUAACGAAGGAUCGCAGUCCAGAUCUGAUCCACUUAUCACACUCAUCCGGUCUUGUCCUGAGAGCUCGUCAUCGUCCCACGGGCCUACUGUUACAAUUCCAUUGCGGAGAGGGCAUUCCAGCCCUAACCGAGUAUAUUCAAGACUAUCUCGUCGAAUAUCCAUCUCUAGCACCACUAUACACCAGCGCACGUACCCUCCUCGAGGCCCACGGAUUAAUUGGAUCCCAACCUGAUGGCAACAAGCCUACUGCACCGGGCACGGGCACAGGAAUCAGCCCGGGCGCCCUCCUCAUGCUUCUCGUCGCAUUCAGCAAACUUAAUCACGGUCAAUUCCCCGGUCCCCACCGUCUAGGCGAUCAAUUCCUCGCAUUCCUCAAAUUAUAUGGCAAACAAAUCGAUUUCAAAACCACCGGCGUGGCAGUGGAUCCGCCCCGGUUUUUCAACGCUCAAAACACUCCUCCUCCUCCUCCUCCUCCUCCUUCUCCACAAUCUCCUCCUUCCCAAUCAUCGAACCCGACUCCAGCCCCAGCCUCAACCAAGAAUCAAUACCAAGACUACGCCGCCGCUCUCCGCGGCCAACGAUCCCUCCUCUCUACAAAACGCACGGCCGCCACCCGCGGCAACAUCCCCGCAACUCAACGACUCUGCGUCCAAGAUCCAACGCACUUCAUGAAUGAUCUUGGACGGUCCUGUGCGCGCACGUCCCAGAUUCAGAACGUCUUUGCGACGGCGUAUGACCAGUUGCGAAUGGGCUGUGAUACGUGGGAGGGGAAGGAAAAAGGGCUUGGGCUGUGA